GCCAAAGUGCGCGGACGUUUCAUUUGGGGUUAGUGGUUGUAUCGCUUAAACAAUGAACAGUGAUAACUUCGGCUUUCCUUCACACAGUGAGCGCCUGCUGCAGGCGCAGAAUCGGCGAAAAUUCAGUUUUCCGGCAACACUUAGUUCCGCCUCUUUGUUGGAGGUAAAUCAAAAUAUAACAAGACGGCGGCUCAGCAAUGUGAGCGAUGUGGUCACACGCAAAUUAUCCUAUACAAUUGGCUGGAAAGCAACACAAAUACCCACACAAGAUAUCAUAUCACAGGGACGCUGCAUUUGUGGUCAAUACAUACGACGACGCUUGCGACGGUCGGGCUUAUUCAAUAAAAAGUUGGGCUUUCAACGCAUACGUAGCAUACUUGGCACAUCCUCAAUGGAUAUAGUGCGUGAGGUCUUUCCCGCUGUAAUGGUGCUCGGUGAUGAGUUGGAGCGUAUGCAUCCGCGCGUCUACACAGGCGUUGCACGGCAAAUUUGUCGUGCUCCGGGUGGUGAAUUUCAUUCAGCCGAAACUAUUACACUGCUCUUGGGUGCUGUUGGACGCGAUCUAUUUCGCACGGAAAUAACUUGGAGUAAAGUGAUUUCUUUGUUUGCCAUUGCCGGUGGACUUUCAGUGGAUUUUGUGCGUCAAGGUCAUCCAGAAUAUGUACCCAAGCUGGUGGAUGGCGUUUCGGAGGUUAUCGAGGAUGAAUUGGUAUCAUGGAUCAAUGAUAAUGGCGGUUGGCUUGGCCUUAACACACACGUACUGCCAGUGACGAGUAGCUUUAGUUCCUUGGAAUGGACUACGAUUAUUAUUGGCUGCAUUUUCGGUUUAUUUGUACUAUAUAUGGUCUUAAGAUUUGUAUUUUUUUAUUUGAUACCAAAAGUGUAUCACCGUCUGACAUCAUAGCAAAAACUAGAUAUGUAUGUAUUCAUAAGUUUAUUAUAUACUACUUAUGUAGAUUAAGUAAGCAUUUUUUAAAGUAUAUUAAUAAUUAAGCUAAUUAGUGAA